GCAGAGCGAGUUUGUGUCUGUAUGGAGACCAAGACUGGGGGUUUUCUAUCACCGUUAUAGUUGAUGUCUCUGUUGGGGCUACUCUUAGGUUCAAAGAACUGUGCCGUACUGUAAGCUUACUGCAAACUUUUCGAGCAUACCGCGAACCGACCCCAAGAUGUCUGCUAACUUGCAAUGGAUGAUCAUCAGGAACAAUUCUUGUUUCUUGUUGAAGCGGAACGACCAGCAAUUUACAACGGAACCAAAUAAUUUGAAAAACAAGAACAGUUACAGAUUCAACGGUCUCAUUCACAAAAAAACUGUCGGAGUGGAAGCGGAUCCCGAGGGCAAGGGGGUUGUCCUGGUAACCAAGAAAAAAGGAAGUUACAGAAAACCUAAAACAUCUCUUCAUAAAGUGACCUUGAACCGGGGUUGGAGAAGGUCAUUGAGAUCGAUCAGACGUACAGUCCGUAAGAAUCGGUACAGGAAAGACCUGAAGAUGGCAGCAGUGAGACGUGCAAGUGCGAUUUUGAAAAGCCAGAAACCUUCGAAGGCUGCGACUGCAUGAAUUCUUGUCACAUCAUCCUGAAAUAAAUUGUGAUGUAACAAUG